GGAUCGGCUAAGUUGGACCGAGGGCCUGCCGGGCGGGUGGGCUUUGGCGGCGAGCCGCGGGAGUUUGCGGUCCUGCAGUAGGCGUGACGAUUUCGUCUGAUCCAAGUGGCCCCCAAACGGAAAAUGGCCUGCGAAUCAGAACCCCUGAAUCCCAGCGCUCGGAUCAUGACCUUUUAUCCGACCAUGGAGGAGUUCCGGAACUUCAGUCGGUACAUUGCUUACAUCGAAUCCCAAGGAGCUCAUCGGGCUGGGCUGGCCAAGGUGGUCCCUCCAAAGGAGUGGAAGCCAAGAGCCUCCUACGACGACAUUGACGACCUGGUCAUCCCCGCCCCCAUCCAGCAGCUGGUGACGGGGCAGUCUGGCCUCUUCACCCAGUACAACAUACAGAAGAAGGCCACGACGGUCCGGGAGUUCCGCAAGCUCGCCAACAGUGAUAAGUACUGUACCCCACGCUAUAGUGAGUUUGAAGAGCUUGAACGGAAAUACUGGAAAAACCUCACAUUUAAUCCCCCAAUCUAUGGAGCAGAUGUGAAUGGGACUCUCUAUGAAAAGCACGUGGACGAGUGGAACAUUGGCCGGCUGAGAACCAUCCUGGACCUGGUGGAGAAGGAGAGCGGCAUCACCAUCGAGGGCGUGAACACCCCCUACCUGUACUUCGGCAUGUGGAAGACGUCCUUCGCCUGGCACACGGAGGACAUGGACCUCUACAGCAUCAACUACCUGCACUUCGGAGAGCCCAAGUCCUGGUACUCUGUUCCCCCCGAACAUGGGAAGCGGUUGGAGCGCCUUGCCAAAGGCUUUUUCCCAGGAAGCGCUCAGAGCUGCGAGGCUUUCCUCAGGCAUAAGAUGACCCUGAUUUCUCCUUUAAUGCUGAAGAAAUAUGGGAUUCCCUUUGACAAGGUGACCCAAGAGGCUGGAGAAUUUAUGAUCACGUUCCCCUAUGGCUACCACGCGGGCUUUAACCAUGGCUUCAACUGCGCCGAAUCCACCAAUUUUGCCACGCGGCGGUGGAUUGAGUAUGGCAAACAAGCUGUGCUGUGCUCCUGCAGAAAAGAUAUGGUGAAGAUCUCCAUGGACGUGUUUGUGAGGAAGUUCCAACCGGAAAGGUACAAACUUUGGAAAGCCGGGAAGGACAGCACAGUGAUUGACCACACGCUGCCCACGCCUGAAGCAGCGGAGUUUCUGCAGGAGAGUGACUUGCCCUCCAGAGCCGGUCCCCAUGCCUGUCCAGAAGAGGACACGGAGAGGGUCGAGGCCGGAGGAGAGGAAGGAGACCCGAGAAGAAGCCUCGCCAAGCACCGGAUAGGGACGAAGAGACACCGAGUGUGUCUCGAAAUUCCACAGGAGGUGAGUCAGAGCGAGCUCUUCCCCAAAGAGGAGCUGAGCUCCGGACAGUACGAGAUGACGGAGUGCCAGGCUGCCCUCGCCCCCGUGAGACCCACUCAUAGCUCCGUGCGGCCAGUGGAGGAUGGUCUCGCCUUCCCAGAUUAUCCUGACUCCACUGAUGUCAAAUUUGAAGAGCUUAAAAAUGUCAAGCUUGAGGAGGAGGAGGAGGAGGAACAAGAAGCAGCUGCCUUGGAUCUUUCUGUGAAUCCGGCCUCUGUGGGGGCACGCCUUGUCUUCUCAGGUUCCAAAAAGCCAUCGUCUUCCAGCCUGGGCUCUGGUUCUUCCCAGGAUUCCAUCUCUUCUGAUUCAGAGACCAGUGAGCCUCUGGCCUGCCGCGCCCAAGGGCAGACUGGAGUUCUCACUGUUCACAGCUAUGCCAAAGGGGAUGGCAGGGGCCCCGUGGGCGAGCCGUGCCCGAAGAAGAAAGAAAGUGCCACCCGAAGUUUCAAUGAGCGGGAGCUGGUGGAGGGUGCCAACGAGUACCUGUCUUCCCUGGAGGAGAACAAGAAGUCCAAGGGUCGACGCCAGCCCUUAAGCAAGCUGCCCCGCCAUCACCCACUUGUGUUGCAGGAGUGCGUCAGCGACGACGAGUUGUCCGAACAGCUGGCCCCUGAGGAGGAGGCAGAGGAGACAGAGGCCUGGGCCAAGCCCCUCAGCCAGCUAUGGCAGAACCGCCCGCCAAACUUUGAGGCUGAAAAAGAAUUCAAUGAAGCCAUGGCCCAGCAGGCCCCUCACUGUGCUGUCUGUAUGAUUUUUCUGACUUACCAUCAGGUUGAGUUUGGGGGCCUGAGUCAGAACUGUGGGGCGGGGCCGGAUCUAGCCCCCCAGAAGCAGAGGACCAAGCCGCUGGUCCCAGAGAUGUGCUUCACCGCGACGGGCUGCAGCACGGACAUCAACCUGUCCACGCCUUACCUCGAGGAGGACGGCACCAGCCUCCUGGUCUCCUGCAGGAAGUGCAGCGUCCGGGUCCACGCCAGUUGCUACGGGGUCCCCCCCGCCAAGGCUUCUGAAGACUGGCUGUGCUCGCGGUGCUCAGCCAAUGCCCUGGAGGAGGACUGCUGCUUGUGCUCCUUACGAGGAGGGGCGCUGCAGAGGGCCAAUGAUGACAGGUGGGUCCAUGUCUCCUGUGCCGUGGCAAUUCUUGAGGCAAGGUUUGUCAACAUUGCAGAGAGAAGCCCCGUGGAUGUGAGCAAAAUCCCCCUGCCCCGCUUCAAACUGGUUUGCGGCUGUCACCCAGUGGCUAAGAUUCCUUCAUUACUGAAGUGUGUCUUCUGUAAGAAGCGGAGGAAGCGAGCUGCAGGCUGCUGCGUGCAGUGCUCGCACGGCCGCUGCCCAACCGCCUUCCACGUGAGCUGUGCCCAGGCCGCUGGCGUCGUGAUGCAGCCGGACGACUGGCCUUUGGUCGUCUUCAUCACCUGCUUCCGGCACAAGAUUCCGAAUUUAGAGCGCGCCAAGGGGGCCUUGCAGAGCAUUACUGCGGGCCAGAAGGUCAUUAGCAAGCACAAGAACGGGCGCUUCUACCAGUGUGAGGUGGUCACACUCACCACCGCGACCUUCUACGAGGUCAACUUUGAUGAUGGCUCCUUCAGCGACAACCUCUACCCUGAGGACAUAGUGAGCCAGGACUGUCUGCAGUUGGGUCCUCCUGCUGAAGGGGAAGUGGUCCAAGUGAGAUGGACAGAUGGCCAAGUCUACGGCGCCAAGUUUGUUGCCUCCCACCCUAUUCAGAUGUACCAGGUGGAGUUUGAGGAUGGCUCACAGCUUGUGGUUAAGAGAGAUGAUGUGUACACGCUGGAUGAAGAGCUUCCCAAGAGAGUCAAGUCUAGACUGUCGGUAGCUUCAGAUAUGCGCUUCAAUGAGAUUUUCACAGAGAAAGAGGUUAAGCAGGAAAAGAAACGACAGCGGGUUAUCAACUCCCGGUACCGGGAAGACUAUAUCGAGCCGGCACUGUACCGGGCCAUCAUGGAGUAGGUGCUGCCAGCCAGGAGACUCCCCGUCAUCACGGCAAGAGUACCCUGGGGUUCCACAGCACGGCAGACACUUGGACUCGCAAGUUGUCACAAGAAAGGACUGGAGCAACCACCCCAGCAUCUUCUCCCCCACCCUCAUCGCAUUCCUCCGUAGUGACAGGACAAGCCAUUCUGGGACAUGUGACAUCAGCCGGCUGGUCGCCAGCUAAGGGGCUAAGCACCAGAAAGCUGU